AUGGAGACGCCGAAAAUCGUCCAAUUACACGAGGACUUUUAUUCGGGGACGGAGUACCGGAGGUUGCAGAGUCAGACGGCACAGUACCAAAAGAACAUCGGUGAUCUCAAAGAGAAAAUCAAACAACUUGAAAAGAAGAACAAGCAGUGGAAGCUGAAGGUAGAAGACAUCGCGGAGGAGAAGAAGAAGAUCGCCAUGUCUACAAGGAGGAACAGCCGGGCGUUCGAAGACGUCAGUCACCGUCUUGCGGUGAUGACAAGGAGACUGGAGGAUUCUAAGAAACAAGAAAGCACGGCGGUCAGACUGGCGGAUGAAGCAAAGGACGAAGCUAAGACUUUGAAAGUAACUCUUCAGAAAAUUCAGCGGGAGAAAGACAUCCUGGAGAGAGACAAGGAGAGCACAGUGCGCGAACGCGACUCGGCCGCGUCGCAGUACGUGACUCUGGAGAAAAACUUCUCGGAACUCAAGAAAGAAAACGACAGUCUGAAAUCCGCCAAGAACCGCGCUCUCCAAGACAAAGACAUGAUCGAGCAGGAAAGAGACACCUACAAAUCCAAGGCAGAGAUCCUGGAAAAGAAGCAGAAAGAAUUAAUGAAGGAAAAAAUUGCACUGGAAGAUGAUAUGGGCGUGAUUGUGAGAGAAGCGCAGAGAGGGAAGGAUAGUCUGGAACUCGAGAAAGAACGCCUGAUGGAGGAAAAUAAGGCUCUAAAACUUCGAGCAGAGCGAGCCGAGAGAAAGAUAGAUGAAAGUCUCAGCAACCACGUAGAGCUUGAACGUGAGCAUGAAUAUCUCCUCCUACAGAACGAGCAAGCGCUGGAGGAAAGAGACAUCGAGAGAACCAGAACAGCACAUCUUUCGAAGCUCCUGGAGAAGAUAAGACGAGAGAAGGCUUGGGCCAUGGAGCGGCUGGAGAUCGCCAUGAUGGACCUCCAGAUGUCGUCCGUGCACUACCAACAGCAGUCGGUAGGGGUCAUGUGUGAUCUAGCCGAGGAGAGGCCUAGUUCAAAGAACAGGGGUACCCAGACUACCUUCCGCGCGUGCGUCUUUUGUUUUCGGAACACGAACAACAUCAACGGCCGGGGUGACCUGCAGAGAGAAAAGGAGCCCAAACCGACGGUCAAGUCCAAAAUCCCGCUCAAAGUCGAAGCCACAAAGACCCAGAGCGAACCUGACCUGGUCAAGUCGCAAACAACGAUGACGUCAGACGACAACUACGCAUCUUUUAAUGACGACAUGACAUCGAAACAAAUCGACGACGACGACGAAACGACCGCCUCGACGAGCGAACUCUUCCCAAUAGACAGACCGUCCGGACGGAGGAAUAGAUACCUGGAGGACAUCCUUCGUAUCUACACUCUAGACUGA